GUCGAAAUUUCGCACGUGGAAGCACGUUAUGUUUUGAAUGAGUAUCUACAAGAGAUGCGGUGGACGGACGUCAUAGUUGGCGCUUGCUUUCUCUAUCUGGCGGGUGCGCAAUUCUACCAAUUGCUGUCGUCGCCAGGGCUGGAGGAGGAACCAAAAAGCGUCAUAGUAAAACGAGGACGCAACGUUAGUUUCAAAUGUCGUUCGAAUGGAGAUGUACAGUGGUUUCGCAAUGACCAGAAACUUUGGAGAGAAGACGGGUAUGAGAUGCUAGAGAAUGGUGAUUUGUUGAUUAGUAAUGUCGACCGAAACCAUGAAGGAAAGUACUACUGUAUGGUUAGUGUUGAUCACGUAGGAGCGGUGAGAAGUAGAACUGCAGAAUUGAAACUUCGAAACACAGACAAUCAGUGGCUAAUUCCUCCUUCUAAUAUUACUGUUUAUGAGGGCAAUGCAGCCUAUUUCUAUUGUUUACCCAAUUUUACCAUCAGUCGACGUGGUUUAAUCACCAUCAUGCCAAACAGCACAUCUCACGUGUACUGUGGACAUGGGUUAGGGACAUGGAACAGAGAUCGGUGCCAGUUGCAAGACUCGGAACAGUUUCACUUUCUUUCUGAUGGCAGUCUUCUUGUUCGCAAUGUGUCAUCAUCAAAGAACAAAUAUGAGUUCUGUUGCACUGUAACUACUCGAUACAAGCGUAAAAGAAUACGAGGAUCCACUAAUUAUAUAGUAAAGCGUCGUGGAAUAGGACCCAAAUGCGCUUACUUAACUGUAAAACAGUCAAGUGGAGUGAAGAGAGCUCUCAACAUAUCGGUUACACCUAGAAACAUCAGUGUGCAUGCCAGGAGUGAUAUUUUUAUCCCGUGUAUAGCAACCGGAGUUCCAUCGCCUGAAGUAGUGUGGACGAACCCUGAUGGGAAUGAAGUCCACGUGAAUGGGCUAGCCAAAGGCAGACUUGAAGUAAUAGAACCAGGAGUGCUGAAAAUACGAGAGUCAAGACCAAGUGAUUCUGGAGUUUAUCGUUGUGUGGCAAGAAACAAACAUGGACAAAAGAAAGAAGUUACUGCAACUGUCGUAGUCUCAAAUAUUCCAAAGGUAAAGUCUAAAUUCAAUAACACUAUCUGGAUUUUGCGAUCAAAGGCAGCAGAACUUCAUUGUCCUAUUAUUGCACAGAAUUAUCAUCCUGUAGCAUCUCCCAAGAUAACGUGGCUUGUAAAUGGCACUGUAAUUCAAAAGUCUUUGGAUAGUCAAAAGAGCAAGUUUUUAUUGUUAUACGACAAACUCCACAUCACCAAUGUAGAGUUUAGUGAUGAAGGAAUGUACCAGUGUGUGGUAGAGAAUGCUCUUGGGAGUGCACAGACACAGACCUCAUUUCGAGUGAGAACUAUAGGACCACCAGAUGCUGUCAAGAACCUGAAGUUUAACAAUGUACCCGGUGAUGUUGUGCUGUCGUGGUCUCCUGGAUAUCCUGGUUGUCAAACAGCAACUUGUUCAAUUCAGAGCUAUGUUGUUGAAGUGUUGAAACGUGGCAGAUGCACAGGGAAGUGCUCACAUAGAAUUGAAGGCCAUCGCACUAGUGUGCAAUUGAUAAGUGGAGGAAUGGUUGACAGCAGUGACGAGUAUCAAAUUAGAGUAAGUGCAUGUUCCGCAUUAAAUGAGUGUGGGAGACCUGUCAGUAGAAGCAGACUGAUUGUUGUUUCUGACAAGAAAUCAAAUGACAUCAGAAUUUACACGAGCCUAGCAACUGCUGUCAAUAUUUCUUAUCAGCUACAUGUACCUUCCCAUAUGAGCUUUGUUGAUAACAGUUGUAAGGUCUGUGUUUACUACACUGGUUCUCUGUCACCACCACUGGAAUUUCAUGAGUGGCAAACAAAAUGCCAUAAGUGUAGAACACAUCUUCCUCUAGAAAGGCAAACAGUGGAGGAAAUAGUGAAAAUCAAUGAUUUGAAACCUUGGACUGAGUACCAGGUUUUCUUGAAAGUUUAUGGAAUGGGAAUGGGUAUGACACGUGAGGAUUUUGUGGCAACGUCUCACAUAGCACACUAUCACACAGCUAUGGCAGCACCAUCUCGGGCACCAUUACUUCAGCAGGCUAUAAGACUGAAUUCAACCACCAUCAAACUUAUAUUCAAGGGUAUUGGUUCAAAUGAUGUCAGAAGUCCAUCAUUCUACUAUCAGCUCAAUCAAAUUGAACAGAAUCAGACGAAUGUUGUCUGCAAGCUGCCCAUGCAAAACAGAUCAGAUGCUGACAAUGAAACUAUUAGUGUACUCAUUGAUGGAAGUCUUUAUGGCUUGUCUCCAUGGUAUGACUACAAAUUGACAGUGCAAAGUUGCUGCGACGCCAGUAAAUGCAGGGAAUGGGCAACCAAGGCAGAUGGUACUUUCAUCGAAUCUAUAGAAUUGUCAAGGCUUGAGGCCUUGUGCAGCAUGUCAUGUACAUGCAGCGAAUAUUCCGUUCCAGUUGUUGUCGAGCCUAGUGAGAUAAAAUUUGAAUCAGUCACUAACACAACAAUAAUUGUCUCUGGAUUGUCAGCUAAAGUAUCUUGGGAACCCAUCAAUAGCAGUUUAAUCUGGGGGUACAAAGUGAACAUUUCAAUGGAAUCAGACAAACAAGAUCCGUAUAUUGACAAUGACACUACUGCAUCUCAGUUGAAUGUUACUGGACUGAGACAGCAGAGUCAUUACAAAGUUACAGUGUCUAUAUGGACAUUCGAUAGACCAACACCAAUCAAGUGCUCUCAGCCGGUCACGUUUGUAACUCCACCUGAACUCUGGGCCCCUCCUAACUACGUUGUUGUUAAACACGGCAACAGGAUGAAUUCUGUUGUUGUUUCAUGGGAGUCAAGCCUGCAUUCUAACGUCACUGGUUACAUGGUGAGCUAUUGCAAUAGCAGUCAGCAGUUUCCUAUUUCAAAAACUAAUGCCACAACAAACAGCUCUAUCAUUAAUGAUUUACUGCCAAACAAGACAUAUUUAAUGAAAGUAGCGACAAUGUACAAUGGUCAACAAGGUCUGUGGUCUUCAACAUGUGUCUCUUACAGGACUUCAGACUUUGUACCACCUCCUGAAAUUCGUCGAAUUUGCAUUGGUACAGACCAUGUUCAACUGACAGUUCUUCCAUGUUCCUCACCCUCCUGUCAGUAUCGCUCAUUGAACAUAUCUAUAUGUCCCUCUAGCCAAUCAAAUUGCUUCUUCUACAAUACAACCUUCCAAGAUAUGACUCAAUCUGGAAGCAGCAUCACUUUCUUUGUGAAAACGUCGAAGAGUUGGAGAGCUCGCAAUUAUAGCGUUUCUCUUCAAUAUGCAAACUACGAGGGAACUAAACCAACAGUCUGGUCUGAUAGCAUCCCAGUGUCAGGAGAUUCAUGCUUGGGUGUACAGAGUCAGAAUACAGCAGGUACUUCAGGGGUAGUAUCUGUUAUAAGUGUAGUUGGAGUGGUAGCAGCAGUACUCAUCCUUGGUGUGGUUGCCUAUUACGUACGUCUAAGAGUGCAAAACAAGUAUGAUGCUGGAAGCAGUAGGGUUGCCACAAAAAAACACAAAUUUUCAACGACGUCAAGCGUUGGACCAGUUGACAAACAGGCCGCCAUUUAUACAGAACCGGAUACUGUUGUUGAUGGUCAAGAUACAGACAGUGAAGGGUAUGAUACCCUGGAGGAAGGUGCACAAAAAUGUGAACAAAGUGACCAGAAUCGUCUUCAUAAUCAAGGUGAUGAGUACUCUCCUGGACAUAUCCUAGGGUUGUACUUGGGUCAACCUCCAAGAGAAGAACUAGUUGCAAAGAAAGGUUAUAGACGGUGUUGGGGAAGACGUAAAGUGCACAAACAAGACAAUGGGAUGAGAAGCCAAGCUGGAGAUAUUCCACUUGAUCCAUUGAGACACCCUAAUCAAAAUCCUGUGAAUGUGGAUAAGCGUAUCCUAGACAGUGGAAGUCCUGGCACCAGAGGUCGUCGUAUUGGGGUCACAGUCCAGCCAGAAAUCAACCACAUACCAUCACCAUCCACCCAAGACAACUCACAUACUAACACUACUGCUGACAAGACUAGUAGAGCUUCCAAAGGAUACAUGCAGUUAGACGAACUAGUUACACCUCUCGGGAACUACAAACAGCCUGAAGAGCAUCAUAAGGAAAGCCAAGAAAACACAGAUGAGAUGUCACUGACAGAGAAUUCACAGAUCACAACAUAUUGCAAAUCACACGACCGGUUGUCCGAUACAGAUACUUCAAGUAUAGAUUCACAGUUAGUAGGCUGUAAAGACCAGCACCAAUUAUCCCAAAAUCAAAUUGCACAAUCUGAUAAGGAAUUCCAAGAUAUGCCAAGGCCACAGACAAAGACUUUGCAUAGCAAUUAUGUGUCACGACAGUCUAUUGGAUCACUAGCAGAAGAUGCGAUUUUAUCACCCUAUCUCCUUAGUCAACAUCAGAAAGUCUAUACUAACCCAACAGGUACAUCUGUGUCAAGAAAUUCCACCGGGGCACUAUCACAAGACAUGGGAAUAGCUUCAUAUUCUCCUCCUCGACGUCACAAAUCCCAAUCAGACAUUACUUGUGACUACUCAUCAGGAAGCUCUGUUAGCAGACUAUCAGUUGAUAUGGGCAUAGCCUCAUAUUCACCUCCUCAGCAUCACAGUAAAUCCCACACCACCACUGCUGGUGACUAUGUAUCUAAACUUCCUAGUGGAGAUAUAUCGGGAAUAUUGUCACACUCAUUUCCUCAUCACCCCAAAUCCCAGACUGGCAUUAUUGAUAGAUUAUCAGUCGAGAUGGGCAUAUCCUCACAUUCACCUCUUCAGCAUCACCAUAAACCAUAUGUCACUGCAACUGGUGACUAUAUAGCAAGACACUCUAGUGACGAAUUGUCAGAUGAUAUGGGAAUAGCUUCAUACUCACCUCCUCGACACCAUAAAUCUCUCACAGACAUUACACAAAUUGAUGGGUCUCAAAGAAAUACUAAACCAACUUCACUAACUACUGGGCAAUUUUCAUCUUUGUUAGCCUUGCAUCAUAAACCUCAUGCCAGCCCUGCUUGUGACUACAUGUCAAGAACAGUUGUGGGAUCAUCAGAAGACACAAAAGAAUAUGCUCCAUACUCUCCUCUUUGAACAAGCACACACACAAAAAAGUACUACCAGACUACAUGUAAGGAUUGGCUGGAUGCAAGAAAGAUGUGUUGCAAUUGCAAGUAAAUACACAACAAACCAGCAAUGACACAAAAG